GGCAAGUGGGAUGGAAGAGUUAGAGUUUGAUGAUAAGAGUGAUUUUAAUUUGAAUGAAGCCCUUAAAGCUUUCAAUCUUAGUUGUUUUAUAGCUCUAUUAAAUGAACCUGACGGGGUUACAUCUAUUCCUAGAUAUGUAUAGUGGUUAGUAAUUUCUAUGUUUUGGCCCUGUGUUUUAUAUGGUUGGUGUUGGUUUUUGUUAAUCCGCCCGUGUUUUGAAAAUAUCAUAACUUUGGUUUUGUCUUUGUUUAUUGAUAACUUCCACAAGGAACAGAAUUGGUCGAGUAUUCGCAGGCAUUCUUUGAGCCCAGCUUCAGAUUUGGAUACAAGUACAAGAUCAUCCGCCCAACUGUUAAUAGCGGUGUCUUUUAGAAAGAUGGGGUCGCAUGAUGGCGUGUUAAGUAUAGCUGUAAAGUCAUUUAUAUAUAAGUUAAACAACAGAGGACUUAAGCUACAACCUUGACGUACACCACAGGUUGAUUGAAAGUACGGCGAGAGACCAUUUGACAUUUUGACACAAUAUUCUACAUUUGAGUACAUUGACUGUAUGGUUUUGAAGAAGAUACAUCACCCAAGUUACCCAAUAAUCGUUUCCUUGUGAACGAUAGGUGAGUCUUUUUGAAAUAAUUAGUGUAUUUUAUAACGAUUAGUACCUAAAUAUGUUCAUUGAAUUUACCUCUAACUAUCUAUAUGGAUACAUACUUUGCAAAAGUAUCUACAUGUAGUCAUGAGGAAGUUUAUACAUAAGAAGCAUUGUAUGGAGAUAAUGUCCAUACGUGUACAUGUACAUGUACAUGUACUAUGCAUGUCAUAUUUGUAUUACAUGUCAUUGUUCAUCAUUUCAUAGAAUACAAUGCAUUUCCUAUUUACAGGAUGCUACAUGGGACCUUUACAAGUGGCAUACUGCCGACGCAGUAUGAGAAGCUAUGUCAGGCUGCAGACAUAGGCAUAAUCAAGGAAGAAGACAGGAAUGUCGGUAAGUAGCAAUGUGUUGAUGUGAUGUUCAAAUGAUCAGUUACAAUUUCAAGACUUGCCAGCAGUAAUUCCUGGGAUUGAAAUAAUUUGUACUAAAAGGAUUUUCUAUUAUCACAAUCCUCAGUUCUCAGUGAAUACAAAGGUGUGGUGCAAGAUCUUGCAGAGCGUUCAAUGGAGACAUCACUACAAGAGGAAAUAGCAGCAAGUGUAUUAAAUGAAGAUGAAGACGACUACAGGGGACUGAAAGUGCUGUCUGAUGCCCGCCACUGCUGGAGGAAGAACGCCUACAACUCGGAUGUUGUCUUCCUUGGCCACACAACACACCGUGUGAUCCGUCACGAAUUGGUGACGAAAGAGGAUGAGCCUGUGUCCCCAAAUCAUGAAAUCGUUGGAACAAGGCGUUUCUAUGAGUGGGCUGAUGCCAGAGGAUUGAGCAUUCAUCUCCAUGGCCACGACAGGAACCUCACUGUCAACAAGUUCUUAGAAGACAACCGGCAAUAUACAGAAAACGGCAAUGAUACCUGGCACGCCACCAAGAACUUGGCAAAGUCAUUUGCCAAGGUUGCCAAAGGAACAAUAGCCACACGGGGAAGGGUUUGGCACCCAGAGCUCUCAGAUAAAGGUGCCGGUGUGAAAACGCAUUUCUACUGGGCAAUGAAGACUUGCAAUGCUGAUGCCGGCUUGCUGCAGUUUCGCCUGAACAACAUUGUCCGACACUACCAGAAUGACCACAGAGACUGUUUUGCUGGAGAUGGGCAGCUGGAGGGGUCUCGGUGCCGGACAGACCCCAACUAUGAGCCGCAGAGAGCUCUGCUCAGGGAUCCUGUGGCCAUAGCAAUCCUGACCUGGUGGAUACAGCAGACUCCAAUCUACAAAAAUCCACAUGACUAUGUUCAUUGCGUUAAUACCCACUAUGUGGAGAGCUUCAACAACAGUAUCCUCCAGUACCAUGACAAGAGGAUUGUGUUCGGGAGGGACCAGUACCUCCUGCGCAGCCACCUCUCCAUCCUUGACUGGAAUGAGCAUGUUGACAGAGAACACACUUCUGUCAUCAGGCGACAGUCUGCCACAAACCCCAGGGCGGUGGAGGGGCACCGUGUGCUGAGGAGAAAAACCAACAGCUUCAAAGCCACCAUCUGGGACAAUUAUAUGUCCCAGGUCUUGGACUACGGGAUGAGGAACUUCUGUCCGCCAUGCGAGACAGAGCCACAUGGAGUGACAUUACGAAUGGCACCUUAGAGGAUGACCUGAACUGAACUGAACUGAUUUAUAUGAGCAAUUACUAGUGGUUUCUCCUAAAAGGUGCAAGUCAAAGUCAAUCUGUUGUUUACAUUGGGACAGACGAUUUAUUAUGACACUUAAAGGUAUGUUUCCUAUAAACCUAUGCUACUUUGCUUUUAUUUUGUAGGUUAUGUUAUGCAUUCUAUUGAAGAGCAAAAACUAGGGCAAAGUCUGAACAUUGUAUAUAUGUUUGUACCAGUACCGACUGUAACUCUAUAAUGAUAUGUGUCAGUGAUAGUGACCGAUGAUGUGGUUAUGAUGUAAUCCUGCAUUUAUUGUACUCAUGGCUGUCAUGUCAACCAUGUACUUCUCUUAUGAUUGUAUACAUGUAGGGUACGAUGUUUACCAUAAUCAUGUUACUGUACAUAGUAAGCAGCCUAAAUGUGCUACAAAGAAACAAGUGUCUAGACAGUUACUCACUGUUACUGGGAAGUUUCUAUUACUGGCAAGUAAUAUACAUGUACACAUUCACAUGCGCGCGUACAAAAUUUACACUUGGAAUGAAAUAACUUGGUAAACACAAAGCCGAAAUAGAAACAUUCCUGCAGCACUGUAAGAUAGUCUUUCCAAGGCCAGGCUCUGGCCACAUGUGUCCGUUUUCCCCAAUGGGACACCAAGGCCCGGGUCUAUUAGGCUUCUGGCACGGGACUGGGAUUAACCAUUACACGCCUGUCAGUUAACUGCUAGAGGCCAUAUUGUCUCCGGACAAGCGCCUUUUGGGGGUUUAAGGUUCAAUCUGAAAGCUGGUAAAAUAUUGUAGGUACAAGACACACCAAAGAGCUCCUGAAGAAACAUGUGGAUCUGGGCCUUAUGAGACCACAGGAUUGGGGAGAAUCGUGUAGUGAGGCAUCUCUGUCACUGGCAAGAUCACAAAUAGGUCAGUCUAAAGUGAAAGACAGCUAGGAAGUACAAAUGUAUACGUAGCUGUGCGAGCUUUUAGGAUCUGGGCCGUUUAAGACCACAGGACCACAUUUUCUCAGAGCAGCCCUUUUUCCCUUUGCUUUUAAAGUCGUUUUCUUCACCUUGACCUUAGCCUCAGAAACUCUGGCCAAGGACUCCCCAAAUGAGACAUUGAAUUUCUUCUGGAACUUGGUAUUUACAGUGUGGUAAAUUUGUCUGGCACAGACAGUUGCAUUAAGUUGAUUAACAGUAGUUUUGUCCUU